AUGCAGGCAGCAUGCUGGACAUGUCGCAACCGCACUAUCCAAUGUGACAAAACCAGCUUCCCUUGCGCCAAGUGCAAGAAAGCUGGGCUGGAAUGCUUUGAACGAAGACCGCUACGAUGGGUCAAAGGUAUAGCAAUCCGCGGCAAAAUGCGCGGUCGUAUGCUUGAACAGGACUCUAAGGCCUCCGAUGAGAUCUCAUCCGCACAUCUUCCGCGGAAGCAAGUCUUACAUCCCCUCUCGAAGGUUUUGGCAAUCAACAUCACUCCCCAGUUCGCUUUGCAAGACCCUUCCAUCAAAGCUCUUGAUUGGUCAUCAAGGUUUUAUCUUGAUUACUGUGGGUUUCCAGCACGGUUGGUGCGCCUGUUGUACAUUCUAUACGACAGUGAGAGCAACCCAUUUAGGCAUUUACUCACUUACGCUAUGAAUGAUUCAACCUUACGAUACAGUAUAAUCGCCCUUGCUGCUCGACAUUUCGCUAAUACAGGCCGAUCAUUCGAUCAGGUCGAUGACACUCCAUCCCCUCGAUUUGCCAAUGCCAAUCUGGAUGCACUUUAUUUCAAAAAGCAAGCUAUCAAAGCCUUAUCAUCAUCAUUGACACAUCCAGAGCCCUCGCGGAAGGAUAUGAUAAUGGCAACUAUCCUCCUUCUUAUCUUCCUCGAUCUCCUCGAGUCUGGCAUCGAAGGUUGGCAAUGUCAUCUUCAUGGUGUAGAAGGCCUCGUCAAUCUCUCACAUACCAUGCUGGAAUCUAAUCCCAGUGAGCGUAUUAGCAGGCAACCUGGAGAGACAGUACAAGAGACAAGGCGAUUCAUCGCACGACAGUUUUUGCUUAGUAUCUCAACUAUUGGAGGCGCUUUCUCAGAUCCUAAGUCUAGGUCUGAGUUAAGUGUCCAUUUUGACGACAGCAAGCACCAAGAGUCCAUUGUUCGAAGCUUUCUGGGAUGCCCUGAAUUCCUUCUACGAGCCAUUCGUUACUUCUCUAAUCAAAGACAUAUGAUUGAGACUUUGGAUAUGCAAAAUGAGCCUUCGAUUCAUGAGCAUGUACGGGAUACUCUGACGAUGCUUGAACUGACAACGAAUUUUGAUUGCCUGGAAUGGGCGUCAGCCGCCAUGAACUCCAGGACUUCCUCAACAACUGACAUUCAAAGGCUUUCCAUGCUAUCGGAAGCAUACAAAACUGCCGCCGCGAUCUAUGGAAAGCGAAUCAUUCGUUCUUUUGGGAUCUUCACAGGGACAACAACACCUGAUAAUGAGGGAUUAGUAUUGCGAUUACUUGAAGUGAUCCACUCUCUCAAAAGUGACGCGGCUUUGUUUAAGUGCCUAUUGUGGCCGACCUUCAUUGCCGGUCUUGAAUGCCAGGGUUCUAAUGAGCAAAGGCUGAUUAUUGAAUCUUUGAGGAUGCUUUGGGAUCUGACCUGUUGUUUGAAUGUGAUAAAUGCUUCGAAGAUCCUGCGUGAUCAUUGGGAGCGAAAGAACUUCGAUAGCAAUUCGACUGAGCAGGCUAAAUUCCAUUUCCCCGAACGCCAGUCGGCGUAG